UCCUUUGCUGCUGUCGGUUGUGUUCGCGCUCCGGUGACUGUUGUGAAUAUCCUGAAUAUCCUGCCUGAAUCAGGGACCUCGUCGACUUCCACCGAUCCACCUGGGGCACAGCACACACCUGUGCGCUAUCAUCUCCACCUCCACGGGCGAGUAACGACUUGGCAAACGAUUGGCAAUAAUAGCAGUCAUCAGAAGAAGGAGUCCAAAGACCAAAUGUCGGGCAACAUGUCGUCCUCACUAAGAGUCCUUUUUUGUGGCAUUAGGGCAACAUUUGGAGGGGCCAACUAAUCGCACACUCUUCUCGCGCACCGCUUGUGGUCAUCGCCAUGACGCUUCUGCAGAGACUGCAGGCCAUGUCGGCCACCACGACCAGGACGAUGCUGGAGGGCAGCAUUAGCAUUGGCGGGAUGAAGGAGCCACUGGCAACGGGACACCAACUGCCCGUUCUGGAGGAGUCCGCCUCGCAUGCCCGUUAUCUAAAGUUCAUUGCCGACGGACUCAUCGACGAGGGAAUGGGCGGCAGUGCUGUGGGCAGCGGGAGCAGCAUCGCCGUGUCCGUGGAAGAUGUGGUCGCCGGCCAGGCACAGGACAUGGACAUCCAGGCGGGCGAGGCAUCCCUAUCCACCGACGACGCCGACGGCAGCAGCCAUUUGGCAUUAGUCUUCGUCAAGUGUUUCAUUAUUGGUUUCAUCAUACUGGCCGCCAUCCUGGGCAACAUGCUGGUGAUUGUGUCCGUCAUGCGGCACCGGAAAUUGCGCAUCAUUACCAACUACUUUGUGGUCUCGCUGGCCGUCGCCGACAUGCUGGUGGCCCUCUGUGCGAUGACAUUUAAUGCUUCCGUCAUGAUCUCGGGCAAGUGGAUGUUCGGAUCCGUGAUGUGCGACGUGUGGAACAGCUUCGACGUCUACUUCUCCACCGCCAGCAUCAUGCACCUCUGCUGCAUAUCCGUCGACAGAUACUACGCCAUCGUCCAGCCGCUGGACUAUCCGUUGAUCAUGACGCAGCGGCGGGUGUUCAUCAUGCUGCUGAUGGUCUGGCUGUCGCCGGCCCUCCUCUCGUUCCUGCCCAUCUGCUCAGGGUGGUACACAACGACCGAGAACUACAAGUAUCUCAAAUCGAAUCCGCAUAUAUGCGAGUUCAAAGUGAACAAGGCUUAUGCCAUAGUCAGCUCGUCGAUGAGCUUCUGGAUCCCCGGCAUUGUGAUGCUGUCGAUGUACUACCGCAUUUACCAGGAGGCCGACCGGCAAGAGCGCCUGGUCUACAGAUCCAAGGUGGCCGCCCUGCUGCUGGAGAAGCAUCUGCAGAUUAGCCAGAUUCCCAAGCCGCGCCCGAGCAUCCAGGUGGAGCAGUCGACCAUCUCGACGAUGCGGCGGGAGCGGAAGGCCGCCCGCACCCUGGGCAUCAUCAUGAGCGCCUUCCUCAUCUGCUGGCUGCCGUUCUUCCUCUGGUAUAUCGUAUCCUCGCUGUGCGAUAGUUGCAUCACUCCGCGCCUCCUCGUCGGCAUCCUGUUUUGGAUCGGCUACUUCAACUCGGCCCUGAACCCCAUUAUUUAUGCAUACUUCAAUCGCGACUUUAGGGCCGCCUUCAAGAAGACCCUCAAGAGCCUCUUUCCCUACGCCUUCUACUUUUGCCGCCGCGGGAGGGGGCGGGAUGACGACCGGGACCUGGAGUUCGGCAAUCCCAGCCGUAGGGGCACCAAUGGCAACCAGCGGGCCGGAUCCGGAUCCGCCGAGCUGGCCAACUGCGUCAACUCCACAGCCUCGUCGGAGAUUCACAUGAGCGUGAUGCGAGCCCGCCAGUAUGCCGUCAAUGUCACGCCCACCACGGACGCCCAAAUGCAGCAGCUGCAUCCCCUCUACACCAACUAGACCAGCAUGGCGUAUACUUGAUUUCAGCCCCAGUGCUCCACGAAGUUGAUGAUGAUGAUGAUGAUGAUGUUGAUGAUGAUGACGAUUUCUGUAGAUGACAUCUCCAAAUGUUCCCCAACAAGCACCAGAUUGCCAGCUUACAAAUAAAUUACUCGAUUACUCGACAAAAACCUUCCUCAAGAUCAGGGCUGAAAAAGAAUUUAGCCACAAAAAAUAGCUACAGCAACAGCAACAGCAACAAUACGACAAUCCCACAGAUUAAAGAAAGCCUUCAAUAAAACAGCAAAUUGACGUGCAAAAUGAAUUGAAAUAUAAAUAAAAACAUUUCGACAUAAAUAUUUACCUGUCAUGGAGUCAUGAAUUUCAUAUAGAGAUGUUUAUAAGUGCGCAUGCAAAAAUAGAUAUACGAAUUGAAUGUUUGAUAUACGUAUAUAAAAAAGAUAGAUGUUGGCCCACAAAAAAAGGUGCAGUAUGCAUUGAUUACAGUAAUACUCGAAAAAAAAUAAAUAAAACCUGAGAAAUAGUGUAAGUUGAGAAGUUCUUAUGAUUGCAUUUUAUUUUUUCUCUCUGUAUAUAUUUUAUGAAAAUUAAUUUGAGGAAUAAUUAAAUUUUUUAAAUUGAAAUA